AGGGGCCCGACCUUCCUGGGACAGGCACCAUCCCCGAAUAACGGGCUGAGUCCGACCCGGCGUGAUUGUCGCCGCCGCUGCCGCCCAGAAAGAAGACGCAGGAAGGAUCAAAGACUGCUGGGAUAACCCUGAAGCCCCUGCACUUUCAACUUGUAGCAAUGCUGAUAUUUUUCGUAGAAUAAAUGCCAUGUUGGACAACUCUCUGGAUUUCAGUCGAGUCUGCACAACACCUAUUACAAAAGGAAGGCAUGAUCAUUUGUCAGACUUCCCAGACUCUGAAGGAACAGUUACAAGCAGGAUGCUUUUCCCCACCUCUGCGCAAGAAUCUUCCCGGGGCCUCCCGGAUGCAAAUGACCUGUGCCUUGGCCUGCAGUCCCUCAGCUUGACAGGGUGGGACAGACCAUGGAGUACCCAGGACUCUGAUGCUGCAGCGCAGAGCAGCCCACAAUCGGUACUGAGCAUGCUCAAUAAUCCACUGGGAAAUGUACUGGGAAAACCUCCUCUGGGCUUCUUGCCCCUGGACCCUACUAACUCUGACUUGGUGGAAAAGUUUCCAACACCGUCUCUGAGAGGAUCUCGCCUGGAUGCCCGUCCUGUCCUGGAUUCUCGUUCCAGCAGCCCCUCUGACUCAGAUACAAGUGGGUUCAGCUCUGGAUCAGACCAUCUCUCGGAUUUAAUUUCCAGCCUUCGCAUCUCCCCUCCUCUGCCCUUCCUGCCCCUUGGGGCUGGUCCCAGAGACCCUUUAAAGAUGGGAGUUGGGUCCUGGCUGGACCAAGACCAGGCUGCUCUAGCUGCAGUAACUCCCUCUCCUACCAGUGCAUCAAAGAGAUGGCCUGGAGCAUCUGUGUGGCCUUCUUGGGACUUGUUAGAAGCUCCAGAGGAUCCUUUUAGUAUUGAGAGGGAGGCCAGACUCCAUAGACAAGCUGCAGCUGUGAAUGAAGCCACUUGCACCUGGAGUGGUCAGCUUCCUCCUCGAAACUACAAGAACCCUAUCUAUUCCUGUAAGGUGUUUCUAGGAGGAGUUCCUUGGGAUAUCACGGAAGCUGGAUUGAUUAACACCUUCCGUGUAUUUGGCUCUUUGAGUGUGGAAUGGCCUGGUAAGGAUGGCAAACACCCCCGCUGCCCUCCCAAAGGUAAUAUGCCUAAAGGGUAUGUGUACCUGGUGUUUGAGCUGGAGAAAUCUGUUCGGGCCCUGCUCCAAGCUUGUUCCCAAGAUCCGCUAAGUCCAGAUGGUCUGAGCGAGUAUUACUUCAAGAUGUCCAGCCGCAGGAUGCGUUGUAAGGAGGUGCAGGUUAUCCCCUGGGUCUUGGCUGAUAGCAACUUUGUCCGGAGCCCAUCACAAAGGCUGGAUCCCAGCAGAACUGUCUUUGUUGGGGCACUGCAUGGGAUGCUCAACGCAGAGGCCCUGGCUGCAAUUGUAAAUGAUCUGUUUGGAGGAGUAGUGUAUGCUGGUAUUGACACGGAUAAGCACAAGUAUCCUAUUGGGUCAGGCCGAGUGACUUUUAACAAUCAGCGCAGUUAUCUGAAGGCUGUCAGUGCUGCUUUUGUGGAGAUCAAAACUACCAAGUUCACCAAGAAGGUUCAGAUUGAUCCCUACCUAGAAGACUCUCUGUGUCACAUUUGCAGUGCUCAGCCAGGUCCUUUCUUCUGUCGAGAUCAGGUCUGCUUCAAGUACUUUUGCCGAAGCUGCUGGCACUGGCGACAUAGCACAGAGGGCCUUCGUCAUCAUCGCCCUCUGAUGCGUAACCAGAAGAGUCGAGAGUCCAGCUAGAGGGGUGGUGGGUGUCCAUCUGCCCCUGGUGAAGCUGGUUUAACCUGAGUGGUGAGAGCUGGAGUGUUGCUCCCAGCCUCUGGCCCAGGCUGGGAGCACACUUCCAAAGGACAUGGGGAAAAUCUUACAUUCACCUUUGCACUUGCUGAUCUGUCUUUGUUUCUGCACUAAUGCACAGUGAGUUUUGUCGGGUUUUGUUUUCAGGGGGUGUUAUAAGGGGAAGGGCCCCCCAGUCACCCUCCAAGUGACUCUGCAGUUUUCCCAGACUUUAGUUCCUCAGUUUGCUGAUGACAAGCAAAAAAAGGACCACGUGUUGAGAAGGUGUUUAUGCAGAUACCUUCGUCUAGGUUUUUUAUUUAUUAAAAGCGCUUUUUUACAUUCCUCGCAAUACUGAUGGUAAUGAUGCAGGUCUCAGUGGCUCCAUGUUUGCAGUUGCCAUACAGUGCCUUUCCAUUUAUUUAACCCCCACCUGAACGGCAUAAACUGAGUGUUCAGCUGGUGUUUUUUACUGUAACAACAAGGAGACUUUGCUCUUCAUUUAAACCAAAAUCAUAUUUCAUAUUUUACGCUCGAGGGUUUUUACCGGUUCCUUUUUACACUCCUUAAAACAGUUUUUAAGUAGUUUGAAACGAGAUUUUUUUCUUUCCUGGCAGCUUUUAACAUUAAUGCAAAUUUGUGUCUGGGGACUGCGGCUUAGGGUUUCUCACAGUUGUGGAGAGAGGCGUUUGCAACCAGGAAAAAUACGAAAUUUUCAAAUUUAAAACUGGACCGGAUAAACGAUGGUGGAGCUGCUGUACAUAGUUUUAAACCGUUUCUUGCACUUUGUUAAGUUGCACUUAAGUGGGGGGUUGAUAGAGGUUUUUAAUCACAAAGUCACAGGACUUAAUUUUUUCUUUUUUGUAACUGAGCUAAAAAGGGCUGCUUUUUGACGGGGGCAGAUGAAGGUUCACAGGAGCCCUUUCACUUAGAGGGGACAAGUACCUUUCCCUUUUUUCUUUUUUUUUUCUGUUUAAAAAAAAUGUAUGAAGCAACAUGGCAGUUGGCUGAUGCUGCUGGGAUUUGAAAACUUGACAUUUUUUUUCUUUUUUAAAAGAAGAAAAUAGAACUUGCCCCUCUACGGGAAGCUGUGUGCCAAAGAACCAGUGUCAUAACCCUCCCUCCUCUUCCUCCCCCUCCCGCUGAGCCGAUGUUGCGUUGUUGCGUAUCCCAGCUGCUCUGUGUGGGUUUUUGUGAAUCUGUGUGUGAAGUCCCUACCUCAUUGUAGUGUAUGCAGGCAAGACUGCACUCUCCUGCAGAUGUGUGGAGUAAGCUGUGGUGUAGUUUUUUUGGCACAUAAUAAACACGUUGCAGCAGUGCUGGGCUUGUCUCUGUCGUUAAUAUUGAUGAUAGUGGGGGGGAGCAUCUUGGUGGGUUGGUCCCUAAGUGGUGAGAAAAUCAAGUUGGGAUUUCUUGUCAUUGGGCCCUGGCACUUUGUUCUAAGGCCUGGUCCCACUAGGUAGAUUUACAUGGCAUACACCCCACCCAUGCAACUCCCAAGGCUUGAACUUUGCAGGCUUUGAAAAUUGACGUGUUUAAGGCUCUUCGGACUCCUUCUGCUGAAGGAUGGCCUUCUCUCAUCAGUAACGUGAAAACAUUCGAGUAACUUUUGGGAGUAGGACUGGUUUUCCUGAGUGGUGUGGUGCUAAUGAGCUCCACUCCAAGUCUAGACAUAGAUACUGCUCCUAGUGUGGUCUUUUCCCACUUGCAGACUGUAUCCAUUCCUUUCCCACUUCCCCAUUUUCUCUUCAUUCCAGGACCCAAACACUGCCAUUACAUGUCCAUCACAGGGAUACUUAUUUCAGGAAAGUGUUUUAGAGGUAUCCAGGAGGCCCAAGUUUUACCUUGAAGUUCCAUAUUGAAAAAUAUUUGAAAGGUAGAGGCUCUAAUCCCUUUAUUCCUACAAAUCUUCCACUUGGGAUAAUCCCAUGAAGUUAAUAUCUGAGCAUCCAUCCUUAAAACCUAUAGUAGAAAUGGAAAAUAAGUGUCCUGGAAUCACGUCAUUGAAUCUGGAUGUCCUCAAGUCCGAAGAAAUAGCUCUGGUGGUUUAAGAUUUUUAUGAAAGCUCCAGGCCUUAAAUUCGGCUGCCGUUCCCUAGUCACCGUGGACCUUUCUCUAAGUGGUAAUGUUGAAAUACUCUUUAUUGUCGUGUUGGAGUCAA